AGGGCAGUAACAAGGAAGUGCAGUCACAAAUUGAAGGUAACGUUUCUCAGUGCUGCUGUUCGUUUGAACGCAAGCUUCGUGAUGGCAGUGGACUGGAUUGGAUUCGGCUAUGCUGCAGCCAUCGCCUUCGGGGGGUUUAUGGGCUACAACAGAAAAGGCAGCGUCAUGUCCCUGAUGGCUGGUUUAGUUUUCGGUUGGUUUGCUGCUUAUGGUGCAUACAACGUCUCUUAUGACCCAAAGGACAUCAAGGUCUCAUUGCUUACCUCAGGAGUCCUCUCACUCGUGAUGGGAAUGAGAUACAAGAAAUCUGGAAAGUUGAUGCCUGCUGGCAUUGUGUCGGGCCUAAGUUUGCUGAUGGUGUUUCGGCUGUUACUCGUCUUCGUUGUGUGACUGGAGGAGGAACGCUGACUGAGGGCUCUGUCUGGGCAGGCCUUGUUUUAAAGGAAACAACAUUCCCAGUGUGCAUACUACAACACGCCUGUUUUGUGACCAUGUGAACAAAAAACUUAGCAAAAACUACCAGAGGGUGUUCAACAGAUUCACGGUUGAUUGGCCUCAUACUUAUUGCAGUAAAUCGGUUUUAGCGAUCUUGUAUAAUAAAACCGCUUAUUUUUUUGUAUGUGCAUGAAUGUAAAUCUCUUGAAUUGGUAGUAAUAGCUGUAUUUGAGCUUUGUUGGUGCAAUUGUAUAUGUUGGCAGGUGGUUUACUGUUUACAAUACAGAUGAAUGUUUGCAGGCUGCCAAUACUUUCAACGUUAGUAAUUCAAAUAUUCUAAUCAGGAUUCUUGACUAAUGCUUUGUCUUGACUGUUAAAAAACAUUGACCCUAAUAGUUUGUGAUUUUUGUAACUCAGUAACCGCAAAACUAAUCAGAAUAAAUGUGAUGAACAUAA